AUGGCCAGUCCCACUGAGACUACCCAAUUAAGUCGAAAUGGAAUCAUCGACCGUUCCGUUGACCAUCGCAAAGAUGCUCCUUCACAGAACACCCUCUCCAACCUCAGGGUCAACGGCAGUCCAGGACCCGCAGUUGAGACCAAUGGCUCAGCAUACGACAUCGUCAACGACACAGUAUCCCGCACCGUCACAGAGGAAAGGGAUCACUCGCCAGACAAUGCAUCAUUCUAUCCUUCAUCUUCCAAGAUAGCCGGCGUUUUGAAGAAAGGUUCUGUCCCUAGUCCACAUCUAUCUAUAGCAAGACUGAAUGAACAACCUCUGAAUUGCUCAGAGAAAGACAUCACCGAUUCCGACACCGCCCUUCAAAUUAGCGGAACCCCAACAGCAGGGAGGAAGAGCGUCCAGUUCUCUCGAGACACCCAAGAGAUAGAUGCGCCCGAUGCUGGCCAGAGCACACCACUGGGAGAACGAGGGGAAGCCACGGAUCAGGACAAGCCUCAUUCUCUAAUGGCAAGACUGAGAGCCCUUGCCAUUCCUCAAAGUUUCAGUCACGUGAGAACUCCUAGUGGCCUGUCCAUCACUGGCCGGGUGACUGACAGCAAGGACGCCGACGGGUCAGGAUUUUCACAAUCUGGUGCCCUUGCAGCAACUCUGGAAGAGGAUAGUGGCGCCGAAGCCGAUGCGGAUGCGGAUGCAGAAGAGAGCGCUGCAGAAAAUAGACAACAGCUGUCUGCGCCACGCAAACGCAGGAGAAAGACGCACCGUGGUGAUGACAUCGAAACGGCUCCCUCGUCGCCGCACAGCCCCAUGCGUUCCGGCCUAGCCAGCACUCCUCUCGGUUCUAACCCUAAUAGACCUCGCGUCCUCGCUCGACGAGCUACUGAUACGGAUAUGGGUCCAAUUCAUGGUCAUCAAGGUGUGUCGGAAGACGAGGGCCGCAAACAACUUUCUCGCGAAACGAGCGCCUGGACCCCUCGUCAUCCACUACGUGGUCUAAGCUAUGGUGGGCAAAGGAAACCCGGUGACUCGACUCCUGAAAGUCACAGAAGGCCCUUGACACUCUUGAAUUUCGCCACGAUCACAUCAUCUCGCGAAGGAGCACAGAGCGAGUCCCAGACUCCCAAGACGCCAUCGCGCCGGAAAUUAAUGACUGAAAGAGGCACAACGUUGAGUGCUGCCAAGUGGAGGCAGUUGAAGAACAGCCUGCGCCUCCUAGGCCAAAGCAAGAAAAAGGAGCGCACCCCGGACCAUGAGAAAUCGGCUGAACUUUUGGCUGAGCUUGCUGCGGGAACCCCAGCGGCUCUCAUGCUGGCAAGCAUGUUUCAACGGGACGAGCAUGACAAUCGGAGGAUCCCAGUCCUUCUUGAACAGCUUAAACUCCAGAUCACAGACUGCGAAGUAGAUCCCAAUGCCCCCAGCGAUCGCCACCUAGUGUUCCGCAUAGAGUUGGAGUACGGUAAUGGCAUCAACAGAAUGAAAUGGGUUGUUAAGCGAUCAGUGGGUGAUUUUUUCAAUCUCCACGCAAAAUAUAAAGUAUUCUACAGCACCGAGAAGUUGAGGGGCAGAGGAGAAUCGGCGGAGAAGUUCCCCAGAUUCCCAAGAAGCGCUUUCCCGUAUGCAAAAUCCUGGCGAUGGCUUGAUGAAGAGAGUGAAGGUGAAGAUGAUGACCUUGGAAAUGAUGUAGAUGGCGGUGACGCCACUGAUACGGACGCAAGGACGCCCAAGCUUCAACACCGUUCUUCAUUCAUGCCUGGCCGGCGGAAAUCUAGCAUUGCAGGCAUUCCAGAUCCCAGUACUCCUGGAGGAGCAAAACGAGAUGGCCGCUUUAAUGAGAAGCAACGGAAGAAGCUCGAGCAAUACUUACAGAAGAUGAUGAAAUUUCUCCUGUUCCGACCAGAAGGCAAUCGCUUGUGCAAAUUUUUGGAAGUGUCGGCCAUGGGCAUGCGCCUGGCGGCGGAGGGAAGCUACCACGGAAAGGAAGGCUAUCUGCUGAUUCGUUCAGCAAAAGGGCUGGAUUUUCGAAGAGCCUUGACUCCUACUAAUGUCUCUAAACGACACACUCCAAAGUGGUUUCUGGUCAGACAUAGCUAUGUUGUUUGUGUUGAUUCUCCUGAAGAAAUGCAUAUCUAUGAUGUCUUUCUUUUUGACUCGGAUUUUCAAAUUCAAUCCACGAAACAGCGCCUGAAGAACCAUCCACGCGCCAAAGAAUUGGCUGAUGCUGCUAGAGAAUCCACAGGUCAACAUCAUAGACUCAAAUUGGUCAACUCCGAACGAAAGCUCAAAUUAUUGGCAAGAGGCGAACGACAACUUCACCAAUUUGAGGAGUCCAUCCGGUUGAUGACAGAGUCAUCGCCAUGGGUGAAGAAAAACCGAUUUGACAGCUUCGCCCCAGUCCGGCCGAAUUGUUUUGCCCAAUGGCUUGUUGACGGCAGAGAUCAUAUGUGGGUAGUGUCUCGUGCUCUGAACCAAGCCAAAGAUGUCAUAUAUAUUCACGACUGGUGGCUGAGCCCUGAGCUGUACAUGAGACGACCUCCCGCCAUUAGUCAAAAGUGGCGACUUGACAGAUUGCUCAAGAGGAAAGCUGAAGAAGGUGUCAAGAUCUUCGUGAUUGUCUACCGCAAUAUUGAAUCCGCCAUUCCCAUCGACUCGCAAUACACCAAAUUCUCCUUGCUCGAUCUUCAUCCCAACAUAUUUGUCCAAAGAUCCCCAAAUCAAUUCCGCCAGAAUACAUUUUUCUGGGCCCAUCACGAGAAACUCUGCAUCGUUGACCACACGUUAGCCUUUGUUGGUGGUAUUGAUCUUUGUUUUGGCAGGUGGGAUACGCCGCAGCAUACUCUUGUGGAUGACAAACCAACAGGAUUUGAACCAAGUGAUCAGCCUAAAGACGCCGACCAUUGUCAGCUGUGGCCCGGAAAGGACUAUUCAAAUCCUCGGAUACAGGACUUCUAUGCACUCAACAAGCCGUACGAGGAGAUGUACAACCGUCAAAAAGUCGCCCGGAUGCCGUGGCAUGAUAUUUCAAUGCAGGUUGUUGGACAACCUGCUCGCGACUUGACGAGACAUUUUGUUCAGAGGUGGAAUUAUAUUCUGAGACAACGUAAGCCUACUCGCCCCACACCAUUCCUGUUGCCGCCACCGGACUUCAAUCCUGCAGAUCUAGAAGCCCUUGGUCUGGAUGGAACAUGUGAGGUCCAAAUAUUGCGCUCUGCAGGUCCUUGGUCAAUCGGAACACCGGAUAAAACAGAACACAGCAUUAUGAACGCAUAUGUCAAACUCAUUGAAGAAUCAGAUCACUUUGUUUAUAUGGAGAAUCAGUUCUUCAUCACAAGUUGUGAGACAGAGGGCGCCACGGUUCACAACAAGAUCGGCGAUGCGCUAGUCGAGCGAAUUACUCGAGCCUCAAAGAACGACGAAGCUUGGCGAGCUGUGAUAGUGAUCCCAUUGAUUCCAGGUUUUCAAAAUACCGUUGAACAAGAAGGAGGAACUUCCGUACGUUUGAUCAUGCAAUAUCAAUAUCGAAGUAUUUGUCGAGGAGAGUCCUCAAUAUUUGGUCGCUUGAAGAGUGUUGGCAUUGAGCCCGAAGAUUACAUUCAAUUCUACAGUCUACGUCAGUGGGGCCGACUUGGGCCACGGAAAACCCUUGUAACAGAGCAGCUCUACAUUCAUGCAAAAUGCAUGAUUGUGGAUGACCGAAUUGCUCUGAUUGGUUCUGCCAACAUCAAUGAGCGUUCUAUGCUGGGAAAUCGUGAUUCUGAAUGUGCUGCUGUUGUCCGAGAUGCAGAUAUGGUCUGGUCAACGAUGAAUGGCAAGCCGUACCAGGUCGGACGUUUUCCGCAUACUCUGCGUAUGCGUUUAAUGCGAGAACAUCUUGGCCUCGAUGUGGACAAGAUCAUGGAGGAUGCCCAGGCCAUGGAAGCUGAACAUCGCAAGACUGAAAUCGCCGGAGAAUCCCCUGGGAAACAAUAUAGAGACGAUGGAUUUGGGAACCCACAAUCAGAGGAUGAUGAUAUAGUCAGUCCACUCGACAGGCGUGCCGCCGAAUUGCGCGAGGAACUACUGAAACGCUCAGAAGACCUGAAGAGCUUCAACCAUGAUGUAGAUUGGGAACAGCAUGACAAUCCCAACCUCAAGAGCAAUCGCAAACUCACUGAAGAUUCCCGGGUCACUGGCAAUGCAAUCCACAGGCAAGAUAUAGAAGGCCAUGGGGUUGAUAAUAUGGCUAUUGCAGAGUCUGCCGGCUUUGGUAUAGGAAGAGACACAAUCGUGACCAAUGGCGCUAAAGAGCUCAUUGUCUCCAACCUUGACACUGAGGGUAGAGCCCCGGUGCAGAAUCCGAGAAAGCAUGGCGAAGUCCCCCGUCUAACGUCUUAUGUGAUGAAGCUCGAAACCCCUAAUCCACCGCUACCCCCCAGGCCGUCAAUUGGAGAGCGCAUGAACACCGAGCAGCUAGGACUGCCGAUGCUUUCCCAGUUGCCAGCUUUACCACAUGAAGAUGACACUGAUAUUGGAGGACCUCCCCUUGCCAAGCUUGCUUCUCGAGAUUCGGUUCAUUCACGGCAUCCUUUGAUGAAUGACCUAAGGCGACCACUGGUAGACCGAGAUUGCAUGACGGAUCCCAUUCACGACGCUUUCUUCUUCGACACCUGGCAUGCGGUGGCAGAGAAUAAUACGAAGAUCUUCCGUGCCGUCUUCCGAUGCAUGCCAGACAAUCAAGUUCGCACCUGGGAAGAUUAUCAUCAAUACCAGCAGUAUGAGGAAAGAUUCAAUCAAAUGCAAGGCAAUGACAUACCUGGCGAUGACAAAAUACCACAUCCAGCAGGUGACAGCCAUGCUCCAAAGAGUGGACCACCAGGUGCCGGGUCCCGGGCGCCAGUUGUACAAUUGAAGGCACUGAGUCACGUCCCUGCUGAUUUGGACAAGCGAUCUGGGGAGAUCAAAGAUAAGGUGAAGCAGACUUUGGGCGCUGAAACCAGCGUUGACCAGCGGCAAUGGGCGACCGAGACAAAUAAAGCUCAGGCCCAGCGCCAGGGGUUCGCUGCACUUCACAGACAGGAGACUCUGACUGAGGAGAAAGCUGGACUACAGACUGUCCAUGAAGGUCAAGCUAUCAACGAUGAGGGUAGUGGCGAGGAGGACGAUGCCAACACCGAUCCACCGACAAGCAGCCCCAGCAACGACACCGCCGUCGAGCGAGAGAAACCCACGAGUGGAACCCCACCGAGUAUGGGUAACACGUUCGUUGGUUAUUCAGACGCUCUAAAUCAAAAUUUCGCCCAGAAUGUAAGCACCAUGGCCGCUAAUAGCGGGAGUGCAAGGCGUCGUAGGAGGGCAACUACACGGUCUAGUAGACGCGACUUUAGCGCAACUGACGACCUCCCCGGCAUCGAAGAGGCCGAGGAACUACUCGGUUGCGUCCAGGGCCAUCUUAUAGUUUGGCCUUACGACUGGUAUGUGUUCUCGGUUAUUUCCUUUGUUCCCUGGCUAAUAACUCCUCUCAGGCUCGAAAAGGUCGAGGCUGGAAGCAAUUGGCUAUUUCCCUUCGACCAAAUCAGUCCAAUUGAAAUAUAG